AUGAACUCCCCCACAUUACCACCCACAGUAUUCACUUCGUUCUGUAUCUCGUCUGUCGGCAGCAAACUGCGGAGCGACGACGCAGCAUCACGCCAUAUGGUGCUGUCUGUGCAGUGCCGCCUCCCGCCACUACAGCGUAUCGCCUCGGCGAAACAUUGUGAAGCCGUGACAAGUUCUCCAAAGACAGGAAUGGAGCCAACACCACGAUUGCCGAGUGCAACGCCGACGGCACGCCAUGUACUACCACUAUUUCCAUUUGACAAUUCGAGUGCACGCUGGUACAUCUGA